CCAGGUUCAUGGGGCCAUCGGCGGGCGUGAACGUGGCCGGCAUGGGGUCGCUGACGGGCAUCGCGGACGCCGCCAAGACGCUGGCGCCGUUGCAUGCGGCUGCGGCGGCUCCGCGAAGGAAGCGUCGCGUGCUCUUCUCGCAGGCGCAGGUCUACGAGCUGGAGCGUCGCUUCAAGCAGCAGAAGUACCUGUCGGCUCCCGAGCGCGAGCACCUGGCCAGCAUGAUCCACCUGACGCCCACGCAGGUCAAGAUCUGGUUCCAGAACCACCGUUACAAGAUGAAGCGGCAGGCCAAGGACAAGGCGGCGCAGCAGCUGCAGCAGGAGGGCGGCCUGGGCCCUCCGCCGCCUCCGCCGCCGUCCCCGCGUCGCGUGGCGGUGCCCGUGCUGGUCAAGGACGGCAAGCCGUGCCAGAACGGUGCCAGCACGCCGACACCCGGCCAGGCCGGCCCGCAGCCACCGGCCCCGACGCCCGCGCCUGAGCUCGAGGAGCUGUCGCCCAGCCCGCCCGCGCUGCACGGCCCUGGGGGCGGCCUGGCGGCCCUGGACGCGGCCGCGGGGGACUACGGCGGCGGCGGCGGCGUGCUUGGCGCCAACCUGCUCUAUGGCAGGACGUGGUGACCGCGCGGGCGCCCCGGGGCGGGGUCCUGCCUGCGGCGCGGAGGGUUUGUAAGAAACUUCGAGAACGGAUGGGGAAAACACACCGAAGCUGACUCUUGAGUACACGGAGAUCAAAAACUAAUGAACGGGUCAUGGAGAGGGGUAGCCUGUGAACCUCUUUGCUGGGGGGGGGGGGGGGAGGAACAGCGACAGCCCCGGAAUUGAAUAAUACGACGCCAGAAGGCUGUGAGGUGGUGAUUUCCUCCUUCAGAAGUUCCUAAAUUAUUCGAAAAGCUGGCUGAGUUCACAUCCACCACGUUCCUAACCAAAGCUCUCAAGAGUUUUAAAAGUUGGAAACUUUGUUGGUGUUUGUAGCUCUAAAAAUCAACCCAGCUUUAACAAUGAAUCCUUUUUUGAAGUGGAAUUUGAGAGAUUAAUUUUCAAAGGCCUCCCCCUUAAGUGCAAUUUCAUUAAUGUUUGAUUGAAAGUAACUUGUAGCUCAAGGUGGAUCAUGCACAUAGCAACAUUAUUGCAGGGGAAUUAUUGCCAUUUAGGUAAUAGAGAAAUGGAAUAAAAAUAAUCAAAAUACUGCUUAUAUGGAUUGAUACAGCUUUUUAAAUUUAAUGGCGAUUUUAAAAUGUUUUGAUCGUUAUUUGGCAAAUGAGUGUUUUUAUAUUACUCUAAAAGAGGAUAUUUCCUACCUAAGAUGCAGCUUGUAAGAGGGAAGGGUUGUAAACUACUUUUUAUGUAGAAUCUGGUCUCCCAAAAUCAAACGAUAAAAUAAAUGCGCGCUGUCUUUCCAUGGACCUGUUAUUUGCUCUAAGUUAUUUGCCUGUCUGAAUUUGAAUACCUUGAUAAAAUACUAGAACAAGCAAGCGAAUUUGCUAAAAUUGACAUCAGUCUAUAUUCCAAAGCAUGUCAAGAAGGAAGAGAAUAAGGUGAUUUAUUGAAUUGUAAUCAGAAUGUAAAGAGUAAGAAUUAUAAUUUUCCCAUUAUAUUUGCAACUUAAUAGGGGUUGCACACCGAUUUUGUUGGUGUUUUGUUGUACAAAUAAUGUAUUUACUCUUUA